CGGCCGCCUGCCCCGGUUCGCGGCGACUGCGCGGGCUCCGCUGCCCUCCGCCUUGCGCUCUGCUCCCGCGGCUUGCCGGUCGCCUCGGGCUGGACUGAGAGGCGUCGCCUUGGUCGGAGCGCCCAGCCUGGACUUGGCACAGCCCGCGCUCUGCGCGCCAGCCCUCCCUCACGGAAGGGAUUUUUUUUUUUUUUUUCCUUUCCCCUUUUCCUCUGCCCGCCAUCUUCCGAAGGGGACUGCCCGGAGGACGCGCGGCGCGGGAAGGUGCCUGAUUGGGCCCAGAAAUGGGAUGCCAAGCCUCCACGAGGAGCGCUUCUUUGAGCUGCUGCUGUGACAGCAAGUGACUAAGCUGCCAGAGGAUGUCCACUACUACAGCGGCUGCCCCCACGGGGAUCCCGGCAGUCCCGGGCCCUGUGAACCCUCCCCCACCUGAGGUCUCCAACCCCAGCAAGCCUGGCCGAAAGACUAACCAACUGCAGUACAUGCAGAAUGUAGUGGUGAAGACACUCUGGAAACAUCAGUUCGCCUGGCCUUUCUACCAGCCUGUGGAUGCAAUCAAGCUGAACCUGCCUGAUUAUCAUAAAAUAAUAAAAAACCCAAUGGACAUGGGGACUAUCAAGAAGAGACUAGAAAAUAAUUAUUAUUGGAGUGCCAGUGAGUGUAUGCAGGACUUCAACACCAUGUUUACAAACUGUUAUAUUUAUAAUAAGCCCACAGAUGACAUAGUGCUAAUGGCCCAGGCCUUAGAGAAAAUCUUUCUGCAGAAAGUGGCCCAGAUGCCUCAGGAGGAAGUUGAACUAUUGCCCCCUGCUCCAAAGGGCAAAGGCCGGAAGCCAGCUGCAGGAGCCCAGAAUGCAGGUACACAACAAGUGGCAACUGUAUCUUCGGUCUCCCCAGCAGCCCCCUUCCAGAACAUACCCCCCACUGUAUCCCAGACACCUGUCAUUGCCGCCACCCCUGUACCAACCAUCACUGCAAACGUCACGUCAGUUCCAGUCCCCCCACCCGCCGCACCGCCUCCUCCUGCAACACCCAUCGUCCCUGUGGUCCCUCCCACACCGCCUGUAGUCAAGAAAAAGGGCGUGAAGCGGAAAGCAGACACAACCACACCCACGACGUCAGCCAUCACUGCCAGUCGGAGUGAGUCUCCCCCACCACUUUCAGAGCCCAAGCAAGCCAAGGUAGUGGCCCGAAGGGAGAGCGGGGGCCGCCCUAUCAAACCUCCUAAGAAGGACCUGGAAGAUGGCGAGGUCCCACAGCACGCGGGUAAAAAGGGAAAAUUGUCUGAGCACUUGCGGCACUGUGACAGCAUCCUCCGGGAGAUGCUGUCCAAGAAGCACGCUGCCUACGCGUGGCCCUUCUACAAGCCAGUGGACGCUGAGGCACUGGAGCUGCAUGACUACCAUGACAUCAUCAAGCACCCUAUGGACCUCAGCACAGUCAAAAGGAAGAUGGAUAGCCGCGAGUACCCAGAUGCACAGGGCUUCGCUGCGGAUAUCCGGUUAAUGUUCUCAAAUUGUUAUAAGUACAACCCUCCAGACCAUGAAGUGGUGGCCAUGGCCAGGAAGCUCCAGGAUGUGUUUGAGAUGAGGUUUGCCAAGAUGCCCGAUGAGCCCAUGGAGGCGCCCUCGCUGCCGGCUCCCACAGCCCCCAUCGUGAGCAAAGGGGCUGAGAGCAGCCGCAGUAGUGAGGAGAGCUCUUCAGAUUCAGGCAGCUCAGACUCAGAAGAGGAGCGAGCCACUCGGCUGGCCGAGCUGCAGGAGCAGCUGAAGGCCGUGCAUGAACAGCUGGCUGCCUUGUCUCAGGCUCCAGUGAACAAACCAAAGAAGAAGAAGGAGAAGAAGGAAAAGGAGAAGAAGAAGAAAGACAAGGACAAAGACAAAGAGAAGGAGAAGCACAAGGCCAAGUCUGAGGAGGAGAAGAAGGCCAAGGCAGCUCCGGCAGCCAAACAGGCGCAGCAGAAGAAGGCUCCCAGCAAGAAGGCCAAUAGCACAAGCACAGCCAGCAGACAGCUCAAGAAGGGCGGCAAGCAGGCUUCUGCAUCCUACGACUCAGAGGAAGAGGAGGAGGGCCUGCCCAUGAGCUAUGAUGAAAAGCGGCAACUCAGCCUAGACAUCAACCGGCUGCCUGGUGAGAAGCUGGGACGUGUGGUGCACAUCAUUCAGUCUCGGGAGCCCUCGCUUCGGGACUCCAACCCAGAUGAGAUCGAGAUUGACUUUGAGACCCUGAAGCCAACCACGCUGCGGGAACUGGAGAGAUACGUCAAGUCUUGUUUACAGAAAAAGCAGAGGAAACCGUUAUCAACAAGCGGGAAGAAGCAGGCGGCCAAAUCGAAAGAGGAGCUGGCUCAGGAGAAGAAAAAGGAGCUGGAGAAGCGGCUACAGGAUGUCAGCGGACAGCUGAACAGCAAGAAACCCACCAAGAAAGAGAAGUCCGGCUCAGCUCCCUCAGGAGGCCCAUCAAGGCUCAGCAGUAGCAGCUCCUCAGAGUCUGCCAGCAGCAGUUCCAGUGGAUCGAGCUCCGACAGCAGUGACUCAGAGUGAACUGGGACUGGAACAGAGCUGGACAAAUGGACGUGGCGCACGCCAACUGCAGUGUCCCCUCCUAUGGUUAAUAUACUUUCGUUCCAUGGUGUGCAGGUUUUCUUUUACUUCAGUGUUAUGAUCUCUUCCAGCUAUGCUCCGGUAGGGCGGAGAGCCUCACACGUUCACCAGACCCCACGAGAGGGCCGAGCUCUGCGGGGAAAUGCCUUUGCAGCUUGGUUUAGUUGUGUGGAGACUGCGCCUGGGAUGCUGACCUGGUGGAAUAGACAAGGCAGGCUGGAGGCGUGGCUGGACCUGCCCUGUCCCUUAGGCCCAGCCUCUCCUCAGUAACUUGAAGGAAGUUUUUCAAGGGUAUUUCUCUGGAAUGGGUUCUGUGUUUCAAAGUUGUUAGAACACUAACCAGCAGGUUACUUCUCUCCACAGGGGCUGAAGACAAAUGUGUCAGCCCAUGGGAACCAGCCCAGGCCCUAGUGGUGGGUCCUGGUAGCUGCAGACCAGAGCCUCACGCCUCUGGGUUGGGUGUGGAGGAAAAGGGGGUGCUGAGUUCUCUGGUCCUUUGGCUGUGUGUACAGCGUGCAGAUUUCGGGACACCGAAACUUUUACCUCAACUUAAGGGAAUAAAAACAAACAAAAAAAGAUUAAAAAAAAAAAAAAAACCAACACUUUUUGUAAGUUCAUCCAUUUUCUACAGAAUUCCAGCCCAGCGUCCCCACUCUGCUAGUGCCGCCCAGCCGCCGCCCUUGACACUCUGAACCACCUCCUCAGCUUUAUGUAUAUAUAAAUACUUUAUUUAUUAACAUCAUUGGUCAUUUUUUAAAAAAUGAAAAAGGAAAAAAAGAGAAAAAAAAACCAUAAAUAAGUGCAUUGAGAGAAACAUUGAGGAAGCAGGCCUCUGGUAACAAGGAGACUAGUCCGUGGUGGUGUGCCCUGGUGCUGGUGCUCGUCACAGCUGGCUUCUCUGGGCUCAUUGGCAUUUUUUGUUUUUUUGUCUUUUAAAUGAAAUUUGGGGACUUAGACACCCUUCAGCUGCAGCACAUCUUCAUCUUAACGUUAUCUGUUUAAUUUUUCUUACUAAUUUCUGGUCUUUUAAAAGACAUCAACGGAGGGAACCUCGGUUCUUCAACACGAGCUUUGUAUGUAAGCUGAGAGAAAAGUGAUGUAUAUCAGGCCAAGGUCUUGACAUUUAAUUUUCUAUUGUAAAAAGUAAUAAUAUACAGAGUUUAACAGAAAGUCCUGUUCAGUUUGUUGUUUUUGAGGCCGCUGAAUGGUUUUGGAAUGCAGGGUCAGCCUGGAUUAGUUCUGAGCAUGUGGCCUCAGUCAGGAGUGCACAGGCCAGCCUCCCAGGCCUGGAAGCACCCACCACUGCAGUCUGCAGAGGCUCUCCUUGAGCUGUCUACUUUUGACACGGGUCCCUGUUCAAGAAUUUCCAGUUAGCUCAGAAGACUGGUUCUCCUGACCCCCACCUGAGAGCACCAAGUACAGAGCCUUGUAUUGUAUGGUUUUCCUUAGGUUGGGGCUGGUUCCUGCAGCUUCUUCCAUUGCUUCUAGGCAGAGCCAAGGACUCAGCCUUACCAUCCCUACAUGGGACAUAUUUAAAUUUCUAAAGUCGAUCCCACCAGCCCUCGAUGUGGACAGGCAGUGGGUGUCAAGCUCGGGAAGUGGCUGGCUGGCUGGCUGGCAUGUCUAGACGCCUGGUGAGUUAUCAGCCAGUUAAACUUGUAAGCCAGUUUUGUUUAUAAUAAAGAUAUAAGUGGAUUUUAAGGUUCCAUUUUUUAAAAGUUACCCUUGUUUUUCAAAGGUAUUUUUUAAACAGAUCUUUAAUAGAAUAUUUAAGCUGUGACUGUAAGAAAUAAGAGUAAACUGACAGGCCUUCAUGUGAGGUCUCAGUGGUGGCCUACCCUGACAGCUUAGCCAGCAGGCUUAGGCAAGACACAGUGCCUGGGCAUGUGUACAGUGAGUGCCCCUGUGAGCCGUUAGGCAAACAGAGUCUGGCCCUGGGGUCAUGUCCCCGUAGCAGGGCGGUGGUACAGAGCUGGGCAUGGGGUGGAGAGUCUGGCAUUCCUGUGGCUGUGGUCCCUACUGAUCAGCCUUGGUCAUUGGUGCUUUUAACUUUUUUUUUUUUUUUUUUUUUUUCUCUUUCUGUCCAGACUUAAAUUGUUUUGUCUUCAGAGUUUUGGAGGACCCCAGUCCCCACAAUGCCAGGCUGCAGGGUAACUGUCAUUCCCUUCUAGUGAGUUACAGGGACUUAAACUGUCCUAUAUGGAGGUGGAGGGCAGCUGUCUACAGGCUUUCUUAAGGGUCACAUGCAGGGCUGGGGCGGGUGGGCACUUGGCAGUCUUUGGGGUUCAGACCUCCACAGGCUGGUUAGCUCAGUUUGCUUACAGACUGGAGACAUUUUCUUGUAUGGUUUUCUGGGUUUUGUCUUUCUGCAGCUGUCAUGUCUUUAUAGUCACCUGGGAAAUGCAAGCCCACUGUUAAAGCUUUGUCCUGUUCAUCACUGUCCCUGCUCCUGGCAUAACACUUCCAGAAGCUUUCCUUUUUUAUAUAUAUAUCUAUAUAUAUAUAUAUAUUUAAAACGUUUCUUUUCUGUAUGAUGUGCAUGCAAGUUUACCGUAACUUUUCUUAAACUUUUUAGUGCCGUUUCUAGUAUAUUCCUGUAAAUGUCAGUUACUGAAAAUGAGUCCAUUGUAAGUAGUUUAGCUUGUUUUUGCAAUGCCGGCCUCAACACCACAGAGUAAAAAACAGUAGGAAGUACUCUGGUGUCUCUGGUAAUCAUGAACCUUUCUCCUAGGGUGUUUGUUUUGUUUUCAUAAUAAAAAGAAAGGGAAAAAAGAU